AUGAGUAGCUGUUAAGAGCUCUUUGAAUUUAGUCUGUAUUGAAUCGGCUAUUGGUUAACAUUCUGCUCUUUGAAAUAAUAGUUUUUUUUUAGCGAUCAUGGCUGAUCAGCUCACAGAGGAACAGAUUGCUGAAUUUAAGGAAGCAUUUUCCUUAUUUGACAAAGAUGGAGAUGGUACCAUAACAACAAAAGAACUGGGCACUGUAAUGAGAUCUCUGGGACAGAACCCAACAGAAGCAGAGCUCCAGGAUAUGAUCAAUGAGGUUGAUGCUGAUGGUAAUGGCACAAUUGACUUCCCGGAGUUUCUGACAAUGAUGGCAAGAAAAAUGAAAGAUACAGACAGUGAAGAAGAAAUCAGAGAAGCAUUCCGUGUGUUUGAUAAGGAUGGUAAUGGUUACAUCAGUGCCGCAGAACUUCGUCAUGUAAUGACAAACCUUGGGGAGAAGUUAACAGAUGAAGAAGUUGAUGAAAUGAUCAGAGAAGCAGAUAUUGAUGGUGAUGGCCAAGUAAACUAUGAAGAGUUUGUACAGAUGAUGACGGCGAAGUGAAGGUUUUGUACAGUGUUAAUUUCUUGUAUAAAUUGUUUAUUUGCCUUUUUCUUUGUAUGUAAUUUAUCUGUAAAAUGUUCUUUACCCAAAAUAUCUACUUGUGUAAAAACUGCAUGUAUAAUGGUUAGAUCAUGUUUUGCUGUCAUAUUUUGUCAUAACCUUUUCAAGCAAGUAACCACGGAAGUGCAUAGAAGACUCCUUGGCACACUUGAUGUGGUAAUGCAUCUUGGCAGAGGUGUGGGCCCCCAUGUUGGAAACAUUUUUUCAGUAUGUUCUUGUUUGAGUUGUAGCUCUGAACUAGAAACAAAUUAUUUUUGGCAUUGCACUACUGUAAAACGGGUGUACCUUCUAGUUACUCGUACAAUAAUGUGUAAGCGUCUGCUCUUAAUGCAUAUUUUGCCACAUUGUAAGCUCUCAAUUUCCAGAAGUUUAUUUGCUUGUCAUAUGUGACUCUAUCAUUCCAGGUUGUAUAUUUUUGUUUUCAAAUAAAAACAUUUUAACUGAAA